GCCGGUUAAAGUUUUCGAACAUGUGGUACUAUCUGUUUUUAACUUAGGUUAACACGAGGUUUCAAUUCAGUUUUUAUUUCAAUUCAUUAUUUUUAUCUAUAAUCUUCUGUCUUCGUUUGUUACCAAAAUGCCGUCGUCAAAUCCGCUACCUCCUAAAGAAAAUUCGCUUUUUAAACGUAUAUUGAAAUGCUAUGAACACAAACAGUACAAGAAUGGACUGAAAUUCGCUAAACAAAUUCUGUCAAAUCCAAAAUUUUCUGAACAUGGAGAAACACUUGCAAUGAAAGGACUCACUCUCAACUGCCUGGGUCGUAAAGAAGAAGCUUAUGAACAUGUAAGAAGAGGACUGAGGAAUGAUUUAAAAUCUCAUGUGUGUUGGCAUGUUUAUGGACUGUUACAGAGAUCGGACAAGAAAUAUGAUGAAGCUAUUAAAUGUUACCGUAAUGCUCUUAAGUGGGAGAAGGACAAUAUACAAAUAUUACGUGACCUUAGUUUAUUGCAAAUUCAAAUGCGUGAUCUUGAAGGGUAUAGGGAUACUAGGUAUCAACUAUUUAUGUUGCGUCCAACUCAAAGAGCAUCAUGGAUUGGCUUUGCGAUGGCCUAUCAUUUAUUAAAGGAUUAUGAAAUGGCCCUGAAGAUACUGGAUUCAUUUAGGAAAACAUUAGUCACUGGUACCUAUGAUUAUGAACACAGUGAGUUAUUAUUAUAUCAAAAUAUGGUUAUUCAAGAAUCAGGAGACCUAAAAGAAGCUUUAAACCACUUAACUGAGUGCCAAACUCAGAUAUGUGAUAGGUUGUCAGUUGAGGAAACAUUUGCCUUGUUGUACUUGAAUUUGAAUAAAUUUCAAGAAGCUGAAGCUAUUAUUCGUAAUUUAUUGAAAAGGAAUCCUGAAAAUACCCUAUAUUAUCCAUUACUCGAGAGGGCCUUGAGAGUUGAGAAAGAUGAAGACAAAUUCAAUUUACUGAUGGAACUUGUAAAAGCUGAACCCAAAGCACUAGCUCCUAGAAGAUUAUUGCUAAAUUAUGCUACAGGAGAAAAAUUUAUUUUUGAAAUUGACAAAUACUUAAAGAAGGGUCUGAGAAAAGGAAUACCCCCUCUCUUUGUGGAUAUUAGAGGAUUAUAUAAAGACAAACACAAAACCAAUAUAAUAGAGAAUCUCGUUCUUGGAUAUGCAAGAUGUCUUAAAACGUUUGGAACCUUUGGUUCAAAAGGAAACUUAGAACAUAAAGAACCUCCAUCUGCAUUAUUGUGGACCUAUUAUUUCCUUGCUCAACAUUAUGAUCACUUUAGAAAACUUGAUAAAGCUCUUGAAUGUAUCAAUGAGGCCAUAGAUCAUACACCAACAUUGAUAGAGUUGUUUAUUACUAAAGCUAGAAUAUAUAAGCAUGCUGGUGAUGUUUAUGAAGCUUAUCGUUGGGUAGAUGAAGCUCAAGCCCUGGAUACUGCUGAUCGAUACAUAAAUUCAAAAUGUGCUAAAUAUAUGCUUAGGGCAAAUAUGGUUAAAGAAGCAGAAGAGAUAUGUUCUAAAUUUACUAGGGAAGGUGUUUCAGCGAUGGAAAACCUUAAUGAAAUGCAAUGUAUGUGGUUUCAAACAGAAUGUGCCCUAGCUUAUAAGAGGCUUGAAAACUGGGGUGAGGCUUUAAAAAAAUGUCAUGAAGUUGACAGGCAUUUUUCUGAAAUUGUCGAAGAUCAAUUUGACUUUCAUACUUAUUGUAUGAGAAAAAUGACACUGAGGUCUUAUGUUGGUCUAUUAAGGCUUGAGGAUGUUCUUAGAUCCCAUAAGUUUUUUCAAAAGGCUGCUAGCUGCGCAAUAAAUGUUUACCUUCAUUUGCAUGAUGUUCCUAUUAAGGAUCAAAAACAUGAGGAACAGAUGAAAUUAGAAGACUUGGCACCAAGUGAACUUAAAAAACUUCGAAAUAAACAAAGAAAAGCUCAAAGAAAGGCAGAACUUCAACAAGCUGAACUAACUGCUGCUGCUGAAAAAAGAGAGCAGCAUAAUAAAUCACGUCAAACUGCAAAUGAUCAGGAAAGUGAUUCUAUUCCACAAGAUGAACUCAUUCCUGAUAAAUUAGCUAGGGUUUCUGAUCCACUUGAGCAAGCAAUUAAAUUUUUAUGUCCUCUGCAAACUUUGGCAUCAAACAAUGUUAACACACAUCUGAUGGCUUAUGAAAUAUAUUCUAGGAAAGGGAAGCCAUUACUGAUGUUGCAAAGCGUGAAACGAGCUUAUAAAGUUGAUGGAAACCAUCCACUGGUCCAUGAGGCAGUAGUGAGAUACAGUAAAAAAAUGCUGCAAUGGGAAUCUGAGGGAAAUCUUCCUACUUCUGUUUCUAAAGUAAUUGCCAUUCAAAUGGAGCCUAUAUUAAAAGGCAGAACAGCUUUCCAAAUUAAUGAUGAAUACUUAAAAAAAUAUUAUAAUUCUCUUCCAGCAAGAUUGCAAGCUGCUAGAGUUAUGUAUAUGCUUGAUAAUUCAAAACAAAGAGAAGCAAUAGAUUUGGCCACUAAUUUGGAAAGCUCUUUGGAAGGAAUUUCAAUUCAGAACUGUAUUGAUGUUAUAAACUCUCUUAAGGAUGGAAGUUUUGGAAAAUGCGAUAAUGAAUUGAAUGAAUACAAAUUGAAAUGCCAUGAAAAGUACCCUCUAGCAGUAGAUUUCUUCCCUCCUGGUGCUGCAAAAACUCCAAGUAUCAAAUUAUUGUUAGAUAGAAAUGAGACAAGCACAGAUCAUUGCAUAGAGAAUAGCAAUAGUAACUGACAUCUGUUUAAGUUUGGUUUUGAAAUCUAAACUCAUAAGAAAAACCAAGAUUAGCCUCAUUUGGCAGCUGUUUAAAGUGUUGAUAUGAACUAAUUAUCACUAUCAUGUUAACAUUUUUAAUAUGUGUAUUAAAUUUAAAAUAAAAAAAAAAACUGUAUGAUUGUAAAAAUAAUUGUGUAUAAAUUCUGUAUAAAAUUAUGUUUUUUUUGUUUGUUUUUUAUUUUUUUUUAAUACUGUGCAUGUUAUUUUAUAUUGUUGACAGUUGAGUUGUCCCCCCCCCCUUUUUAAUAUCUGUUUAUGCUGAAAGUUUAUUGGUGUUUUUAUACCAAAGACUGAAAAUAUUAAUUAUAGUAAUAAUAAAUUAAUUAUGAUAUGAGAAGUGGUUUUUUUUUUCAUCUUAACAAAAAAUUAUACUAGUUUUGUAAUUUUUAUUAAAUAUUUG